GGGGUGGGAAGUUUGAUAGACACAGGAAUUAUGGUGGUAAACAGAGUGUUGAAAUGGGAGCCUCCGAAGUAAUUCAUUUAACUUAGUUGUGAUCGCCUUGGUAGGCCGUCCAGACACUGGGGGUGGUCGGUGUAUCCUCGGAAUUCCAGUAGGUUCUCAAUGCUUUAGCGAGUUACCAAAGUAUGUGGAAAGUUGAUCGUUGGAGCGGGUAGCUAAACGCACCGUGUCCUGUGUCUGGGAGAACUUAGUCCCGCAGAAGGGCAGCCGCUAGCGCUCGUGCUAACACAGCAGCCCGCGCGCCGCUAGCUAUUUAGCCUCGAUUAGCUCGCUCAUGCUCUUUCUCAUCCUGCACAGAUGGAGUGAGCGACUCGUAUAAUUUUCUCUCCUCGCGGCCUGGGCUCCAUGCACAUUUAGUACGAAGUAACGUUUCCCGCAGUGUAAUCAUGUAAGUUACUGCUGGCGGAUGAGAACCGGGCACGUUGAGGACAGCAGUGACUGAGCGUGUGUCGUGUGUGCGAUGAGGGCUGCGGACCGAGAAACGGAAGAAGGGUCUAAAUGAAGACGCGACGGUAAAUGAGUAAUAGCAGUAAUAGUAGUCGUCGUUAUCAUCCCAAUCAUGUCUCAGGAGAAGAUGGACCUGGACCUGGACGUCCUAUCCUCUUUGGUCCAGAGCGACGGGCAGCUGAGGCGCUCCAACAGCGCUCCGAUGAUAAACGGCCUGAGUGACUCCUCGCAGGUUUUCCAACACGAGGUACUGAGAAGCAGGAGAAACAGCACCACUGUCGUGAACCGCUCCAGCCUGAUGGUCCCAUCGUCACCUAUCCGAGUUCCCAGCACCAGACUUCACCAGAUCAAGCAGGAAGAAGGUGUGGACCUCAUGAACAGGGAAACGGCGCAUGAGCGGGAGGUGCAGGCAGCCAUGCAGAUGAGUCAGUCAUGGGAGGAGAGUCUCAGUUUGAGUGAUAAUGACUGUGACAAAUCUUCAUCGUCUUCCCCGAAACGGAUAGACUUUGUUCCCGUGUCGCCAGCUCCAUCUCCUACUCGUGGUAUUGGAAAGAAGCAAUGCUUCUCACCUUCUCUACAAAUUCUGAUCAGCAGCAAUGGCCUGACACCCAGCCCCAUCCCCAGUCCAACACGGCGAUUCAAGAGGAGCCAGAGCCCCAGUAACUGCAUACGGCCCAGCAUUCUGGGGCCCAUCAAGCGGAAAGGGGACAUGGAGAACGACAGUCAACCCAAGAGGCUUUUCCAAGGCACCACUACCAUGCUGUCGUCAGAGGUGUGCCAGCUGCAGGACCUUGGCUCCUGUCUCUCUCCAGACCUACUGGAUGCCAGCCUGAGCAGUGUGGAGUCCUCGACAGGAACGCCAGCCAAGGUGGACAGCAUCUCUCCAUCCCCAAGCACCUCACCCUUCACUCCGCUCUGCGACCUGUCUCCUAAAUGAGGGAAGGGGACGGUCGCAAUCUGGAGUGUGACUUUUUUGGCUUUUUUUCUUCCCUCUAUUUGUUUGGUUAUUUUCCUUUGUAACUGUUUGGUUAGUUUUUUGCCACAGAGCUAUAAUUCAAGGUGAUCAAGGUGGCAACAUGUUUGGUGACAUACCAUUUAGGAGAGCAGGAGCCGUCCCUGGACGGAUAUGGCUGUGUGAGAACACACCCAUCAGCUGUACUCUGUUCACGCUCAGUGGAGGGCUGCAGGCUGCUUCUGAGGGACACUAGCACCAGCUGCUAGACCAAAAUUGACUACACGGUGCUGAAGUCCACAGUUUUCUCUUCGCUGGCUCUGACUCUUGAGUAAAAGGGAGCGUGACACAGUAACUUUUUAUUCUUAUUUUUUGCAGCAAAGGGAGGUAUUCCCAUUGCCAGAGCUUUGUAAAGUCAGCUUUUCCCUUGAGGAAGUAGGGUAAGGGGGAACAACACACUAGCAGGGUAUUCUAACGUUAGCCGCCUGAGUUUAGAAAGAAUUGCUCACAUUGAUUGUGUGAAUAGUUAAUUUAUUUGAAACUGCUUGUUUGGUCUAUGUAUGUAUGUAUGUAUAUAUUACUCAGUCUUCAGAGGGCACUGGCUCAGGGCUGGAUCUAAGGGCUGCAACUAGAAGGAGCAGUUUCAGAGGAGUCCUUGAAAUGGAUGUGACUUUCACAGUGCUGUUUUCACUGGAAUAUCUAGUUAGAGGCUUGGUAAUGCUGCAUCUGACUGGUUCCAUGGUUCUUCUCCGUCUUCUCUCUGUGACUGUUUUUAUCCACUUUUAGUCCAGCUGACCUUGGGUGUAUUUUCUGAGUUUUGCUGUAACUUGCUGGAGCCGAGUAUCUGUGGUGUCCCAUUCCAGUAUACCCAGGAGACAUUACCUGCUCAUUUUAGGAUUUAAACACUAUAGUAGAGCUGUGCUUUUUUUUUUUUGACCGUUUUAUGAAUUUAUAGCAUUCUGGGAUAUGUUAUACCAUUUUUUUAAUGAGGGUAGUUUUAUAAAUAAAAAAAAAAAAAAGUACAUUGACCGCCCACUGUAGCUGUUGCUAGAGUCUAACUGAGCCGUGUCCUCCACGAAUGGGACUGGAUGUUUUCUAUUUGUAUAUCGCAACUUGCGUUGUGUCACUGUGGAGAAGAGGUCAUCCUAGAGCUCUUGCCUGAGCACCAUGCGAUUGUCUCUGUUGGGGUGAUUUGAGUGCCUGCCAAAAAAAGGCUUUGCCCCUCCUCCAUUCCUGCUGGAGUUGCACAAUGAGGUGCAAGGGCUCGCUCGGGAUGCAUUACCAUGGGGCUAAAUCCACUGGGGCCGAUAAAAGGUCAGGAAGUUUGAUGGGAAAUGAGCUGGUUGGUGUCCAUGACCUUUCUUUUCAGCUGUAUUGUCCACAUUAGAAGGAAAGGGCUUUUCGUUCUGCUGUGCAAUUUCUACAUUUGGUGAAUAAUAUUUGAAGACUGCAUGGAGGGUCUCCAAGGUGCCUUUGUUGAGAAAAUUACAGGAGCGUUUGAGUUGGUCGUGCAGGUUGCAAUCUUCAGGAUAAACGGGCUUUAUCUGUGUUUUCUGAAUACUAACCUAACAUAAAAGCAUUGCUUCUGUGCUUCUUCCCCCACAGAGGAAGGUCCUGUCAUCCAAUAACUCCUUGUGCCAUUUAAAAACUACUUACAAGAGGUAUACAGCUGUAAUUGUGUAAAAAUUCAGUGUUAAUAUGUUUGGGUUGUAGUCAUGUAAAUGUUUUUAAAAAUGUAUUAUAAAUAUGAGGAUUUAUUUAGUUUAAGGUAGAGGGUUUUUUUUUAACAAAAGCAUGAUGUGGUGUCAUUUUGAAUAUUGAAACCUCAUCUAAUUUUUUGUGAGUAGCGAAGGAAGAAUAGUCAUAUUUUUGAAACAAGAGUGAUACUUACAUGAGUACUUAAGUCAUUUUCUUUUCAAGUAAAGCUUUGUGAUGCUGCAGUUUGUAAAGUGAAUUUUUUUUUUUUUAUUUCAUUUAUUUUUCCUGUGAGUUUUAGAAAAAAGCACCUUGUUCAAGUUCUGUGCUGUUACCACUGUUAGAGCCCACUUUUCUUUCCUCCCUGUGGAGUUUUUUCUUUUUCUUUGUUGUUUAUUCAAAUGAAAUACUGGUAGCAAAAUGGUGGAUGCUGAACUGUGAGUUCAACUCACUACUGCUGCUUUCUGUAUGUAUCUGCGUAUUUUUGUACAACUUCUCCUCUGUCCAUAUUCUUCCUGUUUGUAUCCCCUAAUGGAAGAACAGCUUUUUCUCUUCCAGCCCUCCAGUAUUGCCUGACUUCCAGUUCAAACAUGACAAAUAAAACAAAGUAAAUUAU